CCUUGCAGCAAGCCACUCAUUGAUGAGCCAUUGGGUAAGUAUACUUUCAACACCUCUAGUAUACGACCUUGUUGGGUAUUGUGCCCAGGUUAAUACUUCUUUGGGGACUACCUAUCACUCAGAGAAAUCAGAGAUGCUCUAGAGUUUCGGCCCGGCCUUCUUCACUCCACCUUUGCAGCCAAUUUUGUUUCGUGGGGGCAUUUCUGAAGAAUCAAUGCGAUACUUUCGAGCUCUUGAAAAAGCCUUCAUUAGAACGCAACCUUUCAUCCACAAAGAGUUUCGAAGCCAGAACAUACACAUCUGCAUUCGUCACAGUUCCUCUCUGACAAGCGCCAACAUAACCCCCACCAAGAACAAGUCGAUACACCUAGGAAAGUUCGUUAGACCAAAGAUCGAAAUGGAGAAGGUCGUUACAACAGAGCGCCUGGCCGGUCUGAGGGAACUGAUGAAGAAACACAAGGUGGACAUCUACAUCGUACCCUCUGAAGACAGCCACUCCUCGGAAUACAUUGCCCCGUGUGACGCCAGAAGGGAAUACAUUACGGGCUUUACAGGGUCUGCAGGAUGUGCAGUAAUCACCCAUGAGAAGGCGGCUUUAGCAACGGACGGUCGAUAUUUCAAUCAAGCUUCGAAACAGCUGGAUGAAAACUGGUUGCUGCUCAAACAAGGAUUACAAGAUGUCCCAACUUGGCAAGAAUGGUCUGCAGAACAAUCUGAAGGCGGCAAGGUGGUGGGCGUUGAUCCAAGGGUCAUAUCUGCCCCCGAGGCCCGGAAGCUGUCUGAGAAGAUCAAGAAGCGGGGUGGAAAAGACCUGAUGGCGAUAGAGGAGAACCUCGUGGACCUCAUCUGGGGAGGCGAUCGUCCAGCUCUACCCGCCGAGCCAGUCAAGCUUCUUGCACAAAACUUUGCGGGAAAGAGCGUGAAGACAAAACUGGAAGAGCUCCGCAAGGAAUUAGAGAAGAAAAAGAGCUCUGGAUUCAUAGUGUCUAUGCUGGACGAGGUCGCGUGGCUCUUCAAUCUACGAGGAAGCGACAUCCCAUACAACCCAGUGUUUUUCUCCUAUGCGUCUGUUACACCGACCUCGGCAACCUUGUACGUCAACUCGUCCAAGUUGAGCAGCGAAUGCCAGACAUAUUUGUCGGAGAAUGGCGUGUCUGUUCGACCAUACGAGAAGAUUUUUGAUGACAGUCAGAUGCUGGGCGAAUCGUUACCAUCUCCAGAUGCUGAAGGUCAAUCCGAGGCCAAGAUCAAGAAGUUCUUGGUGUCGACUAAGACUUCUUGGGCUCUGAAACGAGCUUUGGGAGGAGAAUCCAAGGUCGAGGAGAUCAGAAGUCCAGUUGGUGAUGCUAAAGCUGUGAAAAACGAAACGGAGCUUGGGGGCAUGCGAGCUUGCCAUAUCCGUGACGGAGCUGCUCUAACAGAAUACUUCGCUUGGCUAGAGCAUAGACUUACUGUUGAUAAGACACCAAUUGAUGAGGUCGAAGCAGCUGACAAGCUGGAGGAACUCCGUUCAACGAAGAAGCACUUUGUUGGGUUGUCUUUCGAUACAAUCUCAUCUACCGGAGCGAAUGCUGCUGUGAUCCACUACUCGCCCGAGCGCGGGAACUGCUCCACCAUCGACCCGAGUGCUAUCUAUCUAUGCGAUUCUGGUGCUCAGUACUUUGAUGGUACAACGGAUACAACUCGAACUCUUCACUUUGGAGAACCUACCGAGAUGGAGAGAAAGGCGUACACGUUGGUGCUCAAGGGCAAUAUUGCUCUGGACGUUGCCAUAUUCCCAAAAGGAACCACAGGAUUUGCGCUCGACACUUUGGCGAGACAAUUUCUUUGGGAACAGGGACUGGACUACCGCCAUGGCACAGGUCACGGUGUUGGCUCUUACCUAAACGUACACGAAGGACCAAUCGGAAUCGGGACCAGAAUCCAAUACUCGGAAGUCCCAUUAGCACCAGGAAACGUGAUAUCUAACGAACCAGGAUACUACGAAGAUGGCAGUUUCGGUAUCCGCAUCGAGAACAUCGUCAUGGUGAAAGAAGCCGAGACCAAACACAAGUUCGGCGAUAAGCCAUAUCUCGGCUUUGAGCAUGUCACUAUGGUUCCCUAUUGCCGCAAACUCAUUGACGAGAGUCUCCUUACCAGGAGAGAGAAGCAUUGGCUGAAUGAAUACCACGCCGAUAUCCAUGCCAAGACCAAGGAGUUCUUCGAGCCGGAUUCUCUGGCUAUGAAGUGGUUGGAGCGGGAGACUCAACCAUUGUAAUCAGUAAUCUUUUUUUUCUCUCCUCCGUUCAAGAGAAGGAUUGUAACCUCAGCAUAUUGCGAUGAGGAUGGAAGCAAGAAAGCUAGCAAGCGUCUUUCUGUCUGACCCUUUUGAUAUCUAAUUUACAUGACUGGCUUCUCAGCCUUCUUCCUCUCCCUCCACUACCUACCUACCUACGUACUAGAAUUGCAUGAAAGCAGCUAGCGCGAACGUGGUCCCGAAUGAGAUCUUGAAAGCUACGUUGUCUUGAACUGCUGAGCGGAGAUCGAUGCUGGUGACGUAUUUCUGGAGGCGGUUGUAUGGGAUGAUGUUGAUGCCGUGAUUUGAGGCGUACUUUUCUUUCGCGUUAAUACUGGUCCUUCUCUGAUGAUGGGAAGGGGGACUGGAAGGGGCCGUACUUGUACACCAACGACCAAUAAUCCUAAUAUCAGUGCCAGACUCCUUGAGAAAGUACUAACUGCCAACCCAGCACAUAGUCCUGUGAAAUCCAAUUAGCCAUUUUUUCCUCUUACCUCAUUCUUUCUUCUCCCCUCAUCCUCCCUCCUCUCAAGCACCCCUCCCUCCUAGUCAGCACAUCCACAUCCACCUCAAACCAAAAUCUUCUCCUAGUCCCCUUCCGCCUCAAAAGUUUCCCUAAGUCUCAAUUGGGUAAACUCACCAAUAAUACUCCCGCUACUAAUCUGCCUCACAGCCCUCUCAUUCAGCCUCCCCUCCCUCACAACCGGCACCUUCGCAUUCCGCGCAUACGAGUCCUGGGACAAAAUAGAUCCACCAGGUGCAGAGUCCAUCCGGUACGAUCGCUGAUACAUGGUUUGGUGGGUUAGGAAUGAGAGGCCAAGACCCAGGCCGAGGGUUUGGGGUCGCAUGAGGGGGCGGAGGAGGAGGGUGGCCAUUUUUUGAGAUGAGUGAGGGGUUGAGUUGAGAUGAGUUGAGAUGAGGGGUGAUGGGAUGGGAUUUGGGAUUGAGAUUGGAAAUAGACGGUUGGAGGCUUGGGUAUUUUUGGGAUGGAGGAGAUUUGAGAUGAAGUGGGAUUUAUUCAAAAAUGCGAUUGAAUGAGGUUGGAAAUGACAUGAAAGUAAGAUGUUGUCUUAGUGCCCGUUGACAUCAUGGACUGUCCAGUCCCAAGCGCGGCUGAAGCCUCGUGCUAGGCUUGGGGUGGAGUACGGACAGUGACAGUAUGGAGAUGUACAGUUUGGCACUUUAUUGAAUGUAUAUAUAAAACGCGGAUUGUCCUGAAAAAUAACUCACAAGUCAAGUUAUACGAAUGUAUUUUUGAGUAAACAUCGAUUGUCUUGG